GGAGGGGAGGAGAGGACAAGGCCGGGCAGGGCUCGCAGGUUGGGGGGAAGGGGCUCCCGCCCUGCUGCCAUGAAGCUGGCGGCGCUGGAGCUGGGCUCCCUCCUGGUCUGGCUGCGCCGCUCCGCUGCGGGUCCCAACCCGGCCGCCCCCAGUCCUCGCCCGCCCUCCGGAGGCGGCUGCAUCCCGGCUGCUGGCGGGCGUCCCCCGCGCCCGCUGCCCGCCGUCACGGAGGAGGCCGGGAGCUGUGCGGGCAGCAAGGCGCUGCUCAUCACACUGCCCGACAUCGGGGAGGAGGCGGUGGCGGAGUGCGAUGCCGAGGAGACAACGCGCAGCUCGCGAAGCCCGAGGAAGGGACUCUCCAGAGGUUCUACAAAUUGGUAUAAUUCAGGAAAAAGUGGAGAAUCUCUUCCAGCAGUUUUUAAGAGAAAUGUACAAGAAGCCAUCAAUAACUACAGUUGUGAAACCCUUUCUUCAGUUUCAUCUAGUGGACAUGCAACAACCACAGGCCUGAAUAAUUCUUGGUCUGGAAUAAAAAGCUGUACAACUGGUUUGUCUACUGAAAGAAGUUCCGUUUACUCCUGGAGGGAUGAUGAAUUUGAUAAAGCCAACACUCAGAGAGUGCAUCAACUAUUCUGGGAUAUUGAUGAAAUGCUGUUUGAAGGAAAAGUGACCUCUCAAACUCAGAGCUUGCAGGCAGAAUGCGCAGACUGGGUUGAGCGAUCUCUUCAUCUAAGGGUUCUGGGAAAGCAGCUCCUGCCACCAAAGGAUGAAGGUUUUCAGCACUUUGAAAGCAGAAGCGAUAGCUCCGUGGAUACCAAGUGUUUACCUGGUCUUCGGGAAUGUACCGGUAAUGUAAAAGAGCUCUGCAUUUCUGGCUCUAAGUUAAUUCCUAAAGUGUCUCCAGCACAGAAAUCACCAAGUUCAGGUUCCACUAUGACGCAUGGAUCUGAGUCAUCCUCAUAUUCAUUCCUGGAAGAAGAAAUCUAUGAUGCUGAUGGAAAAAUAGAAGAAUAUCUUGCCUUUGACAUCAAGGAGCUUGAUGAUGAGUAUUUGGAGCAAAAGAAAAUACAUCUUGCUGAGAAGAGGAGUAAGCAUGGCAUUCCUCCUGUUUCUCCCAUGGCUUGUAUCAGAGAUGCUGUGGCUUCUGAAAUAUUUGAUGAUAUAUGGAGUAAUGUAAUUGGAAUAUUGGAGGAACUGAUUAAAAAACAUUUGGAAACGAAUGUCCCAGAGAGUAGCAAGCAGGCAGAGAAGCUGAAAGCUGUUACAGGUAAACUGCCACACUUGCCAGCUGUUCAUAUUACAGCAGAUGUUGGGAGUGUCCUCAUUUCCAGAGGCUCUGAAGCACGAAGUGUGUCUUUUGGAUCUCAUUUAGCUUCAUCACAGGUUCACCAUUUCUCCAGCAGCUUCUGUAGUGACUUGAACGGAGUGAUGACAAUUCAAGCAAAACCACUCCAACAGAGGCACUUUGCUACUGCAGUGCAAAAAAUACAGAAUGAACAUGAUGACAAAUCACAUAGCAUUAGAACCAGUGCUCCAAAUUCAGUGCACGUUGGUCUGGGGAGAACUGCUGAUAACCAUGUUCUCUCAUCAUCUCGGGUACUGCUGGCAUCUGCUAAGAAGCUACCAAGCCAUCGUAGGUUACCUUCUCUCACUUCUGACCAACUCUCCUCAAAAGCUCCUAAUAAGUACAAUGAUGAAAUCCUUAGGGGGACUAAAUUAGGUGCAAGCUUGGAUCGUGUAUCUUCUGGUUGUGUGCAUACAGCACGAAACAAGUUACCACCAAUAAACUCAGAGGCUGUUAAACAGUAUCCUUCAGUCCCUCGACUGCAACAGAGCUCUCAUCGAGGACCAUAUGGUCAUAGCAGAGUGUCAAGUGCAGUACCUGGCAGUACAGAACAACGACCACUCAGAGAACGAACCAUUACUGAUCGGUUUUCAAGACCCAGUACAACUCAUACAUUCAGGUUAUGUCAUGCUACAGACACACCUCAGAAAAGAUCAGUAUCUCCCAUGGAUUUUUCUAACCACAGAGGGACAAGUCAAGGAUUCUUAAUAGGUUCACAGCAGUACUACAAAUCCUUUCAUAGAAAUCCUCUAACUUCACGGAGGAGAUUUCAGAUUACCUCUUAAUGAAGUCUAGAAAAAAGAGAAGUCCUCUGCACUGAACAGAAGACUAAAGAGCUCUAUUUUCCAGCUAGUGUCUUGUUUGACAAAGAACAUAUACAGUAUGCUGACUUCUGCUGAACCCUGUGAUCCUCCAGAGUACCUGUAUUACCUUGUUCUAAAAUUGCCUAAACCAGAGGUUAGAUUAAAAGUUAAAGCAAUAUAGAAUGAAUCGUUGAGAUCCCAGAAUUUCAGAUGUCUGCACUCUUUGCAGAGUUGAGAUGCUGGUAUACUUUCUUCUCAGGCAUUCUUCCUCUUUCUGUCUUUUCUCAUGGGGUUGUUAUUCUAUCUGUAUAAGUAAAUAAGUUAUGUUUAUGCUUUGAACUCCUGUUCCAAUUUUUUCAUUUUUUCUCACUGUUAAAAAUGUUCUGGUCAUCCCCAACAUCAGUUCUAUGUAGAACUUAUAAGCAGGAGUUAUCUGCAUCUCCUGUUCAACUCCUGUUCCAAUGCUUCUGAAUUUUUAUUCUGUCUGCUUAUUGCAGUUGCUCUCCUGUAAAUAUUUUCUGUCCUUAAUUAUUCUUCCUUUAAUUCUUUUGAUAUGAAAUUGUUUCACUUUUUCUUAAGCUGUUCUAUGCAUCAUUAGGUGUAGAACUGCUGGGACAAACUGUGGUUAUAGGAAGCAGUGUUCUGUCAGGCCAAACAUAUUUGUAGAUCCUGAUUAAUUGAGCCUGAUUGCUGACAUGUGAGUUUACCCCUUCUUGAGAUUUCUUAUAAAAUAUUUGCUGCUACUGUACAAAUUAGACCUGUUUGUUUAUAUGCUACCAAAAUGGGAAGGGGAGACUGGUAUUAUUUUCUGCCCAAAGGUCACAGUACUUUCCAUGUCUCUGGGUAUACAUACUGUGUGCGUGCAGUCAGUGAUUCCUCCAUCCAUCAUAGCCAGAAAUGUAAGUAGAUGUGGUAGAAGAGCUGUUGAAAACAAGGAAGAGAAGAACUUAUUUAUUUGUCCAAAUAGUAAUUAUAAUAGAAUCACAUUCUUGUACUUGGAAACUAAUGCCAGUUUUCAUCGCUUCUUCUUUCUUUUUUUUUUCUUUUUUUUUUUUUAAUGAAUGUUUGAGGCUUGGUAAUCCAAGGCAAAGUGUUUGUAAUAUGUACAUAUUUUGUAUCUGUACUGUAAAUGAGAUUUUUGGCUUGUAUAAAUGGUUAGCAAAUGCUGCAUUCGAGUAAAUGAGCAUUUUUAAGUUACA